CAUCCCUGCCUGCACUGCGCAUGCUCCCUGCAUCCUCUCCUCCAUCCACACGUCGAGGGACUUGAAAGCUUGAAUAAAGAUGCUCAACGUCUCGGGUCGCUGGAGCCUUGUCACCGGGUGAAACUGAGUUAUCAGGAGGGACGCGCACACACACAGGAGCUGUGUAGAUUUAGCAGAAAGACUAUCCAGGUUUCGGGCGGGCACUUCCACCGACAUGGAACUGAAGAAAUCUAUUUCGGACACCGAGCGCGCGCUCAGGAGCUACGGCGCCGUGUCGGAGACGGCAUGGACAACAGACAAAGGUCAUUCAGAUGUGUCCAUGGCAGAGAGCACCAUGGCUCCAGAAGAGAUCGAGGUGGAGAUGGCUCGUAUCCAACGCCUGCGAGAGGUCCUGGUACGCCGGGAGUCUGAGCUGCGCUUCAUGAUGGAUGACAUUCAGCUCUGCAAAGACAUCAUGAGCUUAAAGCAGGAGCUGAGACAGAUUGUCGCAGUACCAGAGAAAGAAAAAAACAAGAAGCACAGGCAGCGGGAGGAAGAGCUGAUUCUGAAGAUUCAUAAACUGGUGCAGAAGAGGGAUUUCCUGGUCGACGAUGCUGAGGUGGAGAGAUUAAGGGAGCGAGAGGAGGAUAAGGAGAUGGCUGAGUUCCUCAGACUGAAGCUGAUGCCGCUGGAGAAGAAGCUCAAAGCCACACAAAAUCCUCCAAAGCCCAAGAGACAAAUCCCAGAGCCGCCUCCCAACAAACCAUCCAUCACCAAGUCAGGAGUGGCCAUCAUAAAGGAUUGCUGCGGAGCCACCCAGUGUGCCGUCAUGUAACUGACAAAGACCGCCUAACGACCUGUGUCAGAAACAACACACUCACAUCUCAUGACAUGCCAUAAAUCUCUUCCUGUGACGGAGAACCUCAGUCAGCUGUGGUUUCCCCUUGGAACUGUUCAGGAAUCAGGUUUGCAAAUGAAUCACAGAUUAAGUUUCAGCCUCAAGAUUUCAGCCCGGAGUUUGGGAGCUGAUCCCUGAUCAGUGCAGGUGGGAAACCUUGAUGAAUAUGUAUUUGAAGUAAAGGGAACUACAAGCACAAUGAUUAGAAAGUAAAUAAAUGCUGGGGUUCUCUGUCUGACAGGAAAAAAACAUCUAUUAUCACCCCGUCAUGUUUGACAAUGGGCAUUUAUUUUUCCAUUUCAGCCCUUUAACAUCAACCAGUUAACCUCUGUUACUUUCAGGAUUUUUUAUCUUUGUUCCCAGGUGGGACGGACACGUGGCCCAGACAAACAAUAUGGUUACUGGUAUAAAAAAUGGUAGAAAUGUUUGAGGGAGGGCAGCAAGCGGAUGCUUUUGCAUUGGAGCUGAGCAAUAUUUUUGACUUCAUGCAUUGGCUCAACAUCAGUUUAAUUCUCUAUCUGUGAUUCUGUGAUAUCUAAUGUACUGGAUUUAAUGGUUGAGUAUGUCGGAUUUAGUGGCAUCUAGUGGUCAGGUUGCAGACUGCAACCAACUGAAACUUCUCAGAAGAGAACCAGGCUCCCAGGAAGUGGCUAAACAGUAGAAUUACACUGUCAUGUGAUGCCAUUGGGCACAGAAUUACUUUUUCCAAUUAACUUACAAGGCGAAAGAAACGUCUGUAAAUCAAUGUAUACAUUUCAUUUUUUGAGCUUCACAGCCCCUGUGAAAUGACUCAUUUCAUCAUCAGAAUUCGAUCCAUUUUUGGCUUAAUGCCCCACUGAGCAACGAUUAUAGGUAUAACAGGACCCGUCUCCAAUCUGUAUCCAGUUCUCUCAAAGCAUCCAUGAGGACCCACUCCAUAUGUAAGGGUGGCUCACUCCAAGGUAAUGAAAAACACACAACUCUUAGUUUCAGGUGAUUAUACAGUCAUGAAAAAAUAGUUCUGUUAGCUUCAUCACAGCGUGACCUCCAACAUGCACUGGGGCAGUUUGCAGCCCAGUGUGAAACGGGAUGGGAGUCAGCACCUCCAAAUCUGAGGCUGCCUCCAGCGAGGGAGUUCAAGUAUCUCAGGGUCUUGUUCACGAGUGAGGGUAGAAUGGAGCAUGAGAGAGAUCGGAGGUUUGGUGAAGCGUCUGCAGUGAUGUAGGCAUUGUGCUGGACUGUUGUGAAGAAGAAGCUGAGCCGGACGGUGAAGCUUACUGGUCCAUCUACGUUCCAACCCUCACCUAUGGUCAUGAGGUCUGGGAACGUCUUGGGUUCCCCCAGGAGGAGCUGGAAAGCGUCACUGGGGAGAGGGACGUCUGGGGUGCUUUGCUUGGCCUGCUGCCCCUAAGACCCGGAUAAGCGGAUGAAAAUGGAUGGAUGGAUAUUAUAUUCUAUUUCUGCCAAUAUAUCCCCCUUGAUCCCAUGCUGGGCCGUUAGAGCUUUGGCAGCUUUAAAAAAUCUGUGGUGGUCAUUGUAAGUUAACAAAACACAGAAAAUACUCACACAGUUGCUACAGAGUUGGGUCAUAUCAGCUGUGUGUUGGAACAUUUGCAUUUCACUCUGUAGUGGCUAAUCCUUACUAGCAUGCAACCUCAUAUGACCCAGUUCUGUAGCCGUGUUUCCACUGGUUCACAGCUCUUUCAUUAUUUUGUUUAACCCCUGUUUCUGCCAACACUUGAGGGCCUAGUGUUUGGGAUUUAGUGGCAUCUGAGGUUGCAGACCAACUAAAACUUUCCCCAUGUGCCAAGCAAGAAUUCAACAACACUAGAGCCAGUGUUUGGGUUGUGUGUUUUGGGAUACUGUAGACAUAACUUGGCAGACUCCGAAGAAGAGGACCUGCUCUGUAUGUAGAUAUAAACCAGGCCCACAAGAUGACACCAAACCAUGUAAAGUCUGGGUCUAUGGUCCCAAUGAUGCGGAUGAUGUGGGUAAUUUUAUACAUAAGAGGUCAAACGUUUCGGCUUCAUGCUGACCAACUUUCAAUUAAUUAAAAGUGACCCACCUCCACUCCUGUAUCCAGUUCUCUUUACACAUCCAUGAUAUAAACAGUUCUUUCUGAAGUAUAGAAAACACGAUCAUUAGUUUCAGGUGAUUAUACACUAAAGAAAGCAUUAUAUUUAUUAUAUUUCUGCUGAUAUAUCCUCCUGAAUCCUACACACUGGACCUUUAUAAAUAAUUUUAUUCAACAUGGUGGGGUGUUGUUCUAAAUGAUCCACUGUGCUUGCUCAUUUCCCACAUACUCUUCAUACUAACAUCAUCUCAGCCAUCAGCUACUGGGAAUUACUGACCGUGGUAGUAUGACAUCAUUCAUAGUUAUUAUGGAUAUUGCUGACAAACAACUUGCAUCCUCUGAAUUUAGUCUUGCGUUUUUAUGAUAAACACCAGGAAAUGAAAUGAAUGCAACUCUCUUGUAAAUGCCUACAAUAGACGGUGUAUGUUUGAGUGUAUUUAGGACAUUAGUGACUCCUGUCAAGCAAAGUGUUGCUCUCUGUCACUUUACCCUCCUUCUGAUAACUUAGCGUUCUGUAGUAGUGAAUUUAUGAAGGUCCUUAUGUUGAAUAUUGAACAAAUAUGCAGAACAUAAGCUGAAACUACCUGUACAUACAUGUUUAA